AGUCACCAUUAUAUACUWCUUAUUGUUAUGGAUUUCCCUUCUCAGAUUAAUAAGACCUAAAAUCAUUCAGAGGUGCUCAAGCAUCUAACKUCUAAUAGUGCCAUUGGGAGAAACCGUACCACUAAAAUUGAAUAGCAUUAUGGGAAAUUAGUACUUAAGCCAAUCCGAUUACAAGUUGUUGAGUAUGAGGAGCCUUAUUGUCUAACGUUGGUCAAACGCAGAUGGCAUUAAGUACAGCAACAUCUUCACUCAUUGGUAAACAUACGGUAAUUGUAGUAAUCAUGUGAUAUUGGUGCUAGCGGGUUAGGGUUGAACGCCUAGAAUUAGAAUAUACUCGCAAGACAGUCACGCUAAACUUGUGCUGAAAAAAAAACUGGCAUUAUUGUAACUACAACACAGAGCAGCAGCAUUAAAACCUUCAAGUUUGGUUUACAGUUAGGGGUUAAGGGUUAACUUCAACAAAGACAGUAAUUUGGUUGUUUUCUUUUGCCAUCUGAACAUGCCUUUGGCAAUCAUCGACAUGGCAGGAGGACUCAACAUCUUUUAAGGACGGAAGAGCACUUCAAGCUGACGUUUUAAAUGGUUCCUAUUGAACAUUACACCACAAMUGAGUACUGGUCCUUAGACAAGGAAAUCUCUUUUUAAGUUCUUUGCCGUUCUAUAACGAGACAAGCUUAUCGCAUUGGGUUUCGUCAAACGAUUGACAAGAAGCAGGCUGCGUACCAUUUUGUACUGUAAUGUUAACUGACAUGUUAACSUUYAAUCAUCGAUCCACUGCUACGAUAGCUCAUGUGAUUGGUUCACAUUACACUGAGUUGUGAUGUAGUUGGUCAGGUUUAUAUGUCCACUAUAUCCGGGAUAUAUUCCUUACCAGUCUAACCGAGCCAAGUCAGACAAGCAGAUGUUUCAUUACUAAUUGAACAAGAACCUUCUUAAAGACACUUUGAAACUGGGAAAUUGGAGUUACACUCUAUAGACCCUGAGAGAAUCACUUGAAAAAGUCAUUGGUUGAAUUGCUUUUCAGACCGAAUCCAUUUUCUGUGCGUAGAAUAACGACCCUUGCGUUUGUUACACACAUCAGAAGUUUUUAGGCAAAACAAGUCCACUAUGAGCAAACUCGACGCAAAAACAACUCCGACUGGAGACAAGAAUAUCAUAAAAAGCAGCUCAACUACAACCAAAAAGAUCACUUCUUCUAGAACCGUAACUAAAACUGUAGUGUCAGGUUCUUCUCGUAAUACCAACUUACAACAAUUCAAGACAUCGGCAACACAAAAUAUUUUCUCUGAGAAAUCCUGGACGUCUUCAUUACAUGAUGGAAAGUUUGGCUCGACAUUACAAGAAGAAAAGACGGUUCAAUUUGAAACUAAUUCAUCAGAAACCAAACGUCAAGAUUUUAAAGGUGGAUUGAACUUUGACGCACAGCAUGCCUUGCAUCUCAAACAGGGAGCGCGACCUAAAACCACUUCGUCUAGUUUAAUUCGUUCAUCAGCUAUUAACUCUAAACUUGAUUCUGGGUUUGAUUUACACUCAGAUCUGCAUAUUCCUUCGUCCAUUCAUCAUCCGUCUUCAUUGAACAUGAAGGAAGUUUGGGAAGAGGGAUUGACUCUAUUUCCGGAGUACUUCCCAGAUGUUUUUUCAGGCCAGAGUUUAAGGGAGAGAUUUCAGCAUUCCGUAAGCACUAACAUUCCUGUCAAAGAAACGAAACUUUUAUCGUCUUCAACAAAGCAAUACUCUUGGGAAAAACUCGAUGGAGAUGAGGAAGGCGAAGCGCAAAAAAUUGCCAAUUCGUGGCUUCAGAUAUUUGGUGAAAGCGAACCAAAACGAAAAGAAGGCGAGCAAAAGGCAAUCAAGAAUUCAUGAAUAGAUGGGAAUUUGGCGUGAGGAGUUGGUUAGUCGACAGCAUGUCCGUGGUUAAUGGCAAGCGAAUUUUAAAAUUCACAUUCGCAUUGUUGUUUUUUGGGGAUGCUUUUUCGAUUCUUGGCACCCGUUUGAUAGCUUUUGACCACUGCAUAUUUGUAAUGUUGGAUGUUUUAGACAUUAUUGACAAAGGUAGACGACGAGCGUUUCUCAGURUGGUGGACGCUAAUGACGGACUAUACUGUGAUUGUCAUUGAAUCUCACAGUACGCUAGCUUCCUGAUUUACCAAUAACUCUGCUCAUUUAUCGUUCAAUUUGUUGCUAAUUAGGCAUUUUUUUAGGCUCAAUCAGACGUACACAUCGUUACAAUGAAACUUUUUUUGUCGGUGUCUAACUAGGUAUAAUAGUCUUACUUUAGUAAGCUAUCCUGUUAGCGCCCAUUAAAGAAUCAAGCUUUGAAUUAUGAACUCCAAAAGAAAAGGCUUAUUUUUUUUGUAAUAAAACAAGUCAUUGUU